AGCAAGGCCCCCGAGGCAUGAGGCGGGAGGAAGCUGCGGUGGUGACCGCGGUGGCGGCGCCGGAGGCGGGCCGCGACGGGGAGCAGCCUCUGCAGCCCGCGGGGCUGGGGCGCGGGGCGCGCGGGGAGCCCGGCGGCGGCAGCGGCGGCGGCGGCGGGGUUGGCCUCCAGGACUCCUGCGGACACUGGAAGAAAUUCUUGUAUUCUGAGCCACAUAAGAGAAUUAAGGAAGUAUUAGAAGAAGAACUUUAUAUUAAAAGAGAUGAAUGCCACAUUAAAAAUCCACCUGCAGUGGCCCUGGAAGGGAUUUGGAGCAUUAAAAGGAAUCUCCCAGUGGGAGGCUUGAAGCUGGGACCGCCGAGCAGAAACAGUUUGCUGCCGCAAGCCAAGUUCUAUUCAAGGCACGGAGGGCUGAGAAGAUAAGAUGAAUACGUUUUUUUCCAUCAAGAAGACACUUCCUCCACCUGAUGUCUGAAAAACAGAACCCAAGCUUGUUUCACAGUUUAAGAUGUAUAAAAAAAUCUAUAUUCUUAUUGUUGGUAAUUAAUUCCAAUCUAUAAAUUAAUCCAAGGCAAGGAAAGACUAGUGGCAAAAUUUGCUAAGCAUCUGGAAACAAUGAAGAAGAAUAUUAUACUUACCUUUAGUUGGCACAUUUGAAAUACACUGGGUUUCUAGUUAGGUUAUUUUAUUAAAUAUGUGAAACAUGAUAAAAAUGAAGGCAUGUUUAUUGAGUCUUUACUUGAAGGUAAGCAUUAUAAACCUUAACCCUUCACUAUAGUAUAAUUAUGCUCAUCCAUUGAAAAAAUAAAG